AUGCUUGCACGGUACCACCCGGACGACCUGGCCGACUAUGUCUUGGUUGGGGUCGAAGAGGUUAAACGUUUCGAUAUAGCUCUGUUCAGAGUCUGCAAGUCGAUAAGCUCGGAUAGAGGAGAGACUCAUUUAGAGCAUCGUGAUACUUCAAGGGCAAGGUGGCAGGUCACUGCAAGCGAGCUACAAUUUCCGAUGCCGAAGAAUGAGUUGAUGUGGAACGCUAUAACCGAAAAUGAGUGGAAAUCUGCCGCCACCGAGGGCAUAGAACACAUCAAUCUGAGUGAUUCCAUGGAGUUGCAGUGGAUCUCCAACUCAGCAGAGCUUCUGCAGCUAACCUAA